AAAAAUUUCUACAAAAAUUUUUCAAAAACUUCUACAGUGCACUACAAUAAAGUUUUAGACAAACUCCUAAAAAACAGGUUCCAAACAGGCCUUUAGUAGUGUAGUACUCUUUUUAUCGAAACGGCAAGACUUUUGCUUAUUAACCUUAUCUCAGAAGACACCUCAAAAACCGGCAACUCUUGAGGAGCUCCCAGGGACUAAUAAAUCCAAACCCAACCCCCCCAGAAACCGAUGUGGGAUGGAAACCCCACAGGGGCAAGCCAGUAGGGCCGCCUGACUACCCAGUUCCUCUAGACCCCAGUAUAACUCCCCUGCGUGUCCCCAUCGUUUGUCUUUUUACCGAAACGGCAAGACUUUUGCUUAUUAACUUUAUCCCAAAAGACACCUCAAAAGCCGGCAACUCUUGAGGAGCUCCCAGGGACUAAUAAACCCAAACCCAACCCCCCCAGAAACCGAUGUGGGAUAGAAACCCUACAGGGGCAAUUAGUAGUGUAGUACUCGACCGACUAGUAGUUGUUCAGUUCCAACUUCAAUUUGAAAGUUGUGAGGGACACUUUGAAGGCGUGGGACUGCUACUCUUUGUGGAAUCCCCGCCUUUGGUAUUGGGACUAAUUAGGAUUAAAUUGGGUUGUUAAUCAUGGUUAACAAAUAGUUUCACAAAAUCUGGUCCUGUUUGAUACCUCUAUUUAAUGCUGAAGAUUAAUUUAGUCAUAACUUUUUGAAUUUAGUAUAUUUAGUGACAUAAAUGCAUCAUCACUUAAUAUACUAUUAACCACUACUUAAUUUGCGUAGACAACUUUUUGAAUUUGGUAUAUUUAGUGACAUAAAUGCUUCACAGUUUAAUAUAUUGAGCAUUACUUAAUUGGUGUACAAAAUUUUAAGUGAAAAAAAAAUUGCAUUGAAAUCUUCUUGAAUUGACUGCACACUCACAAAAUAUAUAUUUGUCCUCUUUUAAUUCGAUACUUAAACACAUCCUAAUCGACACACUCAUUCUCUUUUAAUUCGAUACACGCAUAUUCAAACACAUCUUAAUUAUUCAUUAUUUUCUUUUGCACAUGCGCACCCUUUUCUUUACUUGUUUCUCUUUCUCAAAAUACACAAACCUAAGCAAUUUAUUUUUCAAUUCAAUGCUAUAAUUCAAUUAGUUAUCAAACAGAUAUAUAAUUUUAUCAAUUCAGCAACUUUUUAGAUUUUAAACCACUAGCCCAAAAUCUGGUGGCCACUAUCAAAAUAUUAAAGUUUAGUGGGGUGGAAGACAACCUUAUCUCCCAUCAAUUGGCACGUUAAAAAGUGGUUUUGCUUAAAAAAAUUUAGGCGGAAGCAUAGUGCAUCCAUUUAAUUCGGUGAUAGUUUAAUCCCCUUCGGAUUAUACUUGGGUGUCUUUAUGUCCGUCAUUCCCUUUGGUAUAGGGUAUAUUAGGUUAUACACAGUCAUCGUCUCUGAUAAAAAAAAAAAAAAAAAAAAAAGCAACUGUUUAGAUUUUAGACUUUUGAGUUUACCAAAUCAAUAUCGGAAGGGAAGAGUUGGGAACGCCUAUCAUACGGUAACUGAAAAGGGUCAAGGUCAAGUCAAUGACCCGUUAUCGUAAAUGGGAGGAUAGGGAGCAUAUAUAUUCUGACAAACUGCGGUGCGGCCGGCGGGAGAAGAAUUCCCGACUUUGCUGUUCAGAGCGUAAUAACUCCAGUUGAAUUUUACUAGUACGAAAAGGGGAAAAAAAACUGAUCUUGGAGUUCUUAUAUCUGCAUAAAAGCUUCGUUUAUGACCUUUAACUCCUGCAAAAAUCGUUGGUGAAAUAUUUUAAUUAGGAGUUGUCUGGAAUUCUAUUUUGAGCUAGGCUUGGUGCAUUAGAUUUUGAAGCUUCCCAUUUAGGGUUUGUCACUGGGAAAUUCCGAAAGGCAGUAGUGUAUUUACUAGCAAAUGAGGAGCAGAAAUAAACCUAACAAAGCCUCCACGGUCGAACUCAGCACUUCUGAUCCUAAGCAACAACUCUGCUAUGAAGGAGAAAGUCUCCUUCGUCUCCUUGAGUUGAUUCGGAGGGAAAUAGAAUCUGCAAGAAAUUUGGAUAGAGCAUUGCCUGAAAAAGUUUGGCUCAAGCAACAAUUUUCCGUAGGGGUCAAUGAUGUCACGCGUGUGCUUGAACGAAUGCAAUCUCUUUCUUCAGUGAAAAGCUCCCCUCAGGAGCAGUCUCUUCACGGCAGCCACAAUAUGAAGAUGCCUUCGGUGCAACUCCAGGCCAUUCUUUUAGCAUCAGAUUGCAACCCACGGUGGCUGUCAAAGCAUUUGCCGAACUUGGCCCAUUCUAGAGGGGUACCAAUCCUGUUUGUCAGGGAUAAGAAAGGGGGAUCUUUAAGAUUAGGUGAACUGCUCAAGCUGAAAACUGCAAUUGCUAUUGGAAUUAAGGCUAGAGGCAAUGUCAUCAAUCAAUUUGUUGAGAAGCUCCUUGACAAUGAAAUCCAGGUGGCUGUAAGCACUUGAAUCGAUUGAUCUGCCUCAUGACUGGAAAUCAACCUUAUCAUCAAGAAUUAUGCUGGACGCACAACUAGCAUCCAUCCUUCCAUAGACUAACAAAUAGUUCGCUUGUAAAGUUUUGAUAGGUUCACCAAAUGAGUUGCAGCCCACGGGAAUGAGAAAUGAUGAUGUUAGGAAUUUUGCAGUUGGGAUCCUAAGUGCUACUAUUCCAUGUCAAAUACAGUGUUAAUCCCACCUAUCAUGUGAGGCCAGUGAGGGUAGAAAAAAUUUAAAUAAACAGCAUAUAACAAGUUAAAUAAACAGGACACUUAAUAUAAAUAUAAGUGGCACUAAGGAUUUUAUGUGGGAAUUUUGUAUGCCAUAAAUUUUGGUAGUAGUUUAUUCACGGUUUAGGUGUGAAACAGGUUUUGGUAACGUACCAAGUAAAUCUUGAAUUGGUGGCUUUAA